AUGUAUUCGUUUAUGACCCCAUCCUUUUCAGCUCCCAACAAUGUCUGGUCAGCACCUGCACUAAACAAUCCGUCCUCUACCACGCCGCCGUCUGCUUUUGCUUCUUCCAGCUCUGCAGCAUUAGAUAUUCCGAUCUAUGCAAAUGCCGCUUAUUAUCCGAAUUGGAGGAUUUACAAAAAACAAGCUCCGUCCUCGCUAAGGCUGGGGUUUGUUUCUCACGUGUUUUAUGCAUUUGCUUGGGUCAAAGAAGAUGGAACAGUAUAUCUCAGCGAUGAGUGGGCAGACUCACAGAUGCCCGUCGACGGGACAGAGGGGUGUCUCCGCGCUUUCAUUCAGCUCAAACAGCAAUAUCCACAGUUGAAAGUCAUCCUGUCAAUAGGAGGCAGCGGCAAAGGCAGCGAGAACUUUGCAAAGGUAGCUACAAGUCCGGCGGCAGUUGCAAAUUUUGCGUACAGUGCUCGUGCUUUGGUCGACCAGUUCGGGCUGGAUGGAAUAGAUGUCGAUUGGGAACAUCCUUCGGACAUCCAGCAAGGCGAGGGUUUUGUCUAUCUAUUGUCACAGCUUCGAAACGCCCUACCUAGUCCGCGUUAUACUGUGACCUGUGCAUUGCCAGCCGGAGAAUGGGCUCUGAAAUAUAUCAACCUGACUGUGGCCCAGCAGUACGUGGACUUGUUCAUGAUCAUGUGUUAUGAUUUCUCGGGACCGUGGCUCGAUCGAACAGGGCACCAAUCUCAGCUAUACACACCAUCGGAUCCAUACAGUGCAGCGGCGGCUGUUUCCUGCCAGUCGGCAGUUACAUACAUACUGAGUCAAAAUGUGCAGUCAAACAAGAUACUAAUGGGUAUUCCAGUCUAUGGUCGAUCUUUUGUUGGGGCCGACAACGUCAAUGAGCUGUAUUCUGGGACAGAUGGCGAUGACGGUGUCUUUGAUUACUGCGAUCUGCCGCGACCAGGAGCAAAAGAAAUUUACGACGAGUCAAUUGGUGCAGCAUACUGCACAGGAGGGUCAGAUGGCGGCUUCGUGUCGUACGACACCCCACAAACGGUGGAACAAAAGGCAAAGUUCGUGACCCAUACGAGACUCGGCGGGUUGUUCUACUGGCACAUCACGGCGGAUAAGCGAGGAGUCAACAGUUUGCUCGAAACAGGGUACAACACGCUUCACGAUUUGUGA